AUGCAUGGGGACACUCCCGGCGACGUGCACUGCUCGUGUUUCCUCAGUUCUCUUCUACUGCCAUCAUUUCUCGAGUGCGCACUGCAUUACCGAAUCAUACGUUACCCAAUGUCAGAUAUUCCUCGUGUACUUACAGCCGAUUUUGUCAAGGGUUCGGAAAACGGGAAUCCCUCUCCGUCCUCUCAAAGUCUCUCGUCGGACGAGCUCGAAGAUGCUGCCGUCGAAGCGGACACUCUCUAUGAAGGAACGAAAGAUCCAGCCCACCUAAAGGACGCUCUCGACUUCAUUCAACGUGCGAUCGACGCGAACCCCAUGCCGCACCCAAUCGCGAUAGGUUGGCUAGGAAAUUGCUUGAGGAAGUGUUUCCAGGUGUGGGGCGAAGUGGAUUUCCUUGACAGGGCUAUUGAAGUGGAGCAUUAUGCGCUGAAUCUCACCGACGACGGGCUUCCCGACAAACCUAUUCGUCUCAAUAACCUCGGAUGUUCCUUGAAGCUUCGCUAUCAGCGAUCCGGAGCGCCCGACGACCUCGAUUGGGCUCUCCAAUUGCACAAGAAAGCGGUUGAGCUCAUUCCAGGCGACGGCUCUGACAUGCAAAAGUUGCUCGUUAACCUUGGGGGUGUGCAGCAUCUUCAGUUUCAACACCAGGCUGACCUGGGUAGUCUUGAGCGUGCUAUCGAGGGACUGCGUCGUGCUAUCAAGUUGACUCCGAUCGGCGAUCCUGAAGAGCCGGACCGUCUGGAUCUCCUUUUAACUUGCUUUCACAGUCGCUUUGAACAUCUAGGAGAUCUAGACGACCUCGAAAGUGCCAUCGGGAUGCAACGCCGCCUAAUUGAUCUGAUCCCUGACGAUCAUCCCUCGAUGCCGGUAUGGCUCGGUAAUCUCGCUCUCUUCAUGUCCCUUCGCUACAAGUACAAGGGGAAUAUAGAGGAUCUUGAGUACUCCGUCGUGCAACAAGAACGUGUGGUCGAACUCCUUUCCGAUGAACACCCCGGCAAACUCACCAACCUGAACAAUCUCGGGUCGAUCUUGAGCCUUCGCUUUGAGCGUCUGCAGGAGGCCGCCGACAUCGAGCGUUCAAUCUCAAUACACCGACGUACACUCGAGCUUGCCACAGAAGAUCAUCCGUCCCUACCACUGUGGUUGGGUAGCCUCGCUCUUGUGCUGUGUCUUCGUUGGAAGCGUUUCGGAGAGAUAGAAGAUCUCCAACAAGGCAUCGCGAUCCAAGAGCAGGCCAUCAAGAUGACUCCGGACGGCCAUCCCCUUGAAGCCGCCCGGCUAGAUAAACUCGCCGCAUUCUUAGGAAGUCGGUUUGAACGUCUGGGAACGUUUGAAGAUCUCGAGAAAGCCCUGCAGAUUCAAGAGCGGGCAAUAGAGCUUGGUGAUGACAAACCUCUUCAGAUGCCGGCCUGGCUGGGAAACUUUGCGAACUUGCUACGGCAUCGUUACGAGCACCUGGCAGAUGUCCGUGAUCUUGAGCGCGCCAUCCUAUUGCAAGAAAAGGUGGUCACACUUACUUCACACGGUCACUCGGACGAAUCCCUUCAAUUGAACAAUCUUAGUUUUCUGCUGCGUACUCGUUUCAGAUGCCUCGGCAAUGUUGAGGAUCUGGAACGCGCUAUCGACGCGCAAUUCCGCUCGGUCGAAUACUGUUCACAUGAUCAUCCGAGCACACCGACACGGCUUGAGAAUCUCGCCUCCUUGCGUCAACUUCGCUUCGAGCGUUUCGGUGCAUCGGAUGACCUUCAGUCUGCAAUCCUGGAGCGGGGACGUGCACUAGAACUGACGCCUGACGGUCAUCCUGACAAGCCUCUUCGACUGAGCAACCUUGGAGGCUCUCUCAGCAGCCGCUUCACGCUGCUGGGCGAUCCCAAUGACAUCCAUCGUGCCAUUGCAGUUCGGCAGCAAGCUAUCAACCUCACUCCAGAUGGACAUCCCCGCAUGGCGGGACUGUUAGACGGUCUGGGAUUCUCCCGGUUUCGCCGGUUUCAGCGCUUUGGAGACUGCGCCGACCUUGACAGCGCCGUAGGGAGCCAAAAACAUGCGGUCCAAAUCACAUCGGAUGGUCAUUCGUCUCUCCCAACGAGAUUGAACAACCUUGCUUCGUCCCUAUGUGGCCGUUUUGAUCGCUUGAAAGAGCCUGGAGAUCUCAAGCUUGCUAUUACACUACAGCGACGCGCAGUAGAGCUUGGACCUGACACUCACCCUGAUAUGAGAACAAGGCUGAGUACUCUCGGGUUCACACUUUCUCAUCGCUAUAAGCACUUUGGACAACUAGAAGAUCUUGAUGCCGCGAUCACUGCCUUUCAACAUGCAGCCGAACGCACACCGGAGGGCCAUCCUGAUAGGCCACUUCAUCUACACAAUCUCGGAACUCUUCUAUGCACCCGUUUUGAACGCCUAGGGGAGAAUGAGGACUUGGAACGCGCAUCUGUGAUCCAGCAGAGCGCAGUGCAACUCACCCCCGAUGGACAUCCUGACAUGCCAGUGAGAGUCGAUCAGCUCAGCGACGUAUUGUUCAUACAUUCUCAAUACUACGGAGGCCUCGAUGAUCUCGAGGGUGCCGUCAUCACAGCGUGUCGUGCCCUGAUUUUAACUCCAUCCGGACAUCCGAGUAAACUGAUUAUGAUGAACAACCUUGCGUCGCGCCUACGCGCCCGUUUCGAACGUUCGGGCGAUUUCGAAGACCUUGAGCGAGCUCUUGAACUGCAGCAGCGCGCGCUUGAGCUCGCCACGGGAGACAGCGAUGAUCCAUACCUUCUCAUAGGGCUGUCAAACCUUGCCUCCACACAAUGCCUUCUGUAUGGCCACUUCAAACGUCGCACCGAUCUUGCGGACGCGAUAAACACUUUCCGCCACGCAAUUGAUCUCAUUCCUCCUGGUUAUUCCGGCACUUCGGCAAUUCAACGCACUCUCGGCCAUACACUCUCGCUUGAUCUGCAAUUUGCGAGGGUCAGGGAGACAUUCGACGAAUCUCUCUCCUGGUUAAUGAGCGCUGCGACGCAGUCUCUAGGCUCACCGUAUACGCAUAUUGAUGCAGUCAUAUAUGCUCUGACAUUGCACUCCGAGUACUCCGAGUUGAGCACUAGGGGUGGUCUCUUAGAAGCUCAACUCUGUCUGUUCGACCUCAUUCCUGAGAUUGUCUGGCUUGGGUACGGCGUAACGCGUCGUUUCAAUGAAGCACAGCGCGUGAAGGGUCUUAUAAGUUCCACUGUUAGUACUGUCAUAGGCACUGGUGAUCUAGUGCAAGCUAUGGAGUGGUUGGAAGCUGGAAGAUCUUUCGUAUGGGCACAGGUCUUGUCUUUGCGCAGCCCCAUAGACGAGGUCGCGGGAAUCUCUCCCGACAUUGCAGGCUCCCUUAUGCAGCUGCACGGUCAGCUCCAAGGCAGCAUACAUGCUUCCUUGCAUCGUGUCCCGGGCACCAUUCGUGUUAUGGAACAUGCCCUCCCCAUCAAGAGUCUGACUCUAGAAGUAGAUCGUCAUCGAGCGCUGGCGAUUGAGUAUGAUAGACUGCUGAAAGACAUCCGUACGCGGCCCGGUUUGGAAAACUUCAUGCGUCCUAAGAAGCUCGCUGCUCUUAUUCCGCCCCUAUCGCACUCAGGCGGAUAUACUGUCUUCAUCCACAUCGACGUAGCGCGAUGUGACGCUCUAGUUCUUCACCAGGAUGGAUCUAUCGUUGCGGUGCCUUUACGAAAGCUAUCUCUGGGCAUGGCAGAGAAAUUACGCGCGAACUGGAAGAGGUAUCUUCAACAGCAAGGCGUACGCGCCGCCCGAAUGGCUGCUGUACCUAUAGACAGGCUACCCAAGGGUUGCAAGCCAAGUACGAUUCUGGGUCAUCUUUGGAGAUGGAUUGUGCAUCCAGUAUUGCAAGCAUUGGGUAUAGAUUCCAAGGUCCUAAACGGAGUUCUUCCUCAUAUUACUUGGUGCCCUACUGGGCCGCUCACCCAGUUACCGCUGCAUGCGGCAGGCAUCUACCAAAAAGGGCCCGGCGAGCGCGUUUACGACUACGUCGUAUCUUCCUUCUCUCCAUCCCUCACCGCGCUAUACAGAUGCGCAGACGGGCUCGCGAAGCCACGGGACAGUACUAGUGUUCUUGUUGUCACACAGGCGAACGCGCCCGGACUGCCAUCGAUACCCGGGACUAUAAUCGAAGGAAAACACCUGCGCAAGGUCUUCCGCGACUCAGGUGUUGAUUUCACUCUUCUUCAGGAUGAGGAAGCGACGAUACAAGCCGUGAAGGUGGCUGUGCCUCAGAAUACGUGGUUGCAUUUCGCCUGCCACGGCUUCCAGGACCCAAUGGACCCAGUCAAGAGCGCGUUCGCUCUGUCCGAUGGUGGACUAUCACUGACUGACCUCAUGGGCACGACGGCAGAGCAUGCGGAGCUCGCAUUCCUUUCUGCGUGUCAGACAGCUGUCGGCGAUGAAAAGAUCCCCGAGGAGUCGAUGCACCUCGCGGCGGGGAUGUUGGCCGUGGGGUUCAAGGGUGUUGUCGCCACGAUGUGGUCGAUAGGUGACCAGGACGCACCACUCAUAGCUGAGGCAUAUUACAAGGAGCUGCUCGAGCUUCGGGGGUCAGAUAAGCUGAGGAAGGGUGAGACGGGUGCGGCGUACGCGUUACACGAAGCGACGAAGCGAUUGAGGGAGAAGGUUGGCGAGCAGGCGUUCGCGCGAUGGGCACCAUUCGUGCAUUUCGGUGUAUGA